AUGACAGGCCUAAGCAAUGCCACACUCACCAUCUUGGGAACUGGAAACAUUACCAAGCCCAUUGUAAAGCAUCUGCUACCUGCUAUCAAGAAUGGCAAGACAGAUCGUCCUUUCACCAAGAUCAUCGCUUGCGUGCGGUCAGAGGCAUCCGAGAAUAAACUCAAUGAGCAAUUCUCAGAGUACAGCACCAUCUUGACUGUGUCGCGCGGUGACAAUGUCAAGGCUGUACAGCAAGGCGAUGUGAUCAUCCUUGGCGUUGAUCCCGCUGAUAUCGAGAGUGUUCUCACUCAAGAUGGUAUUAGGGAAGCUCUAUCCGGAAAGCUCCUUAUCAGUGUAGCCGCUGGCUGGACGAAGGAGAAGAUUGAAGCUACAAUCUAUGGCAGCGAGACGACCAAAGAGAACUACUCUGGCAGAGUAUGGGUCAUUCGCACACUGCCAAACAUCGCAUGCAUGGCUUCAGAGGGUCUGAUCGCCAUUGAAAAAUCUCCCUCUGAGCCCGAGGUUCCCCAGGAACACCGUGAUCUCACCAAGGCCAUCUUCACACUCAUUGGCGAGACGGUCGAAGUGCCACCACGUCUCAUGAAUGCAACUACCGCUGUCGGAGGCUCAACCCCUGCAUUCUGGGCUGUGAUUUGCGACGCUUUCAUUGAUGCAUCUGUUGCCGUUGGUGUUCCACGAGCUGAUGCCCAGACUAUGAUCUACCAAUCCAUGAAGGGCUCUGCCGUCAUGCUGCAGAGUGGCUUGAAGCCGGGAGAUCUGAGAGAUCAGGGAACAUCGCCCGAGGGGUGCACUAUUGGAGGGAUUAUGGUUCUAGAAGAAGCUGGUGUCAGGGGUCAUCUUGGACGGGCACUAAGGGAGGCUGUCACUACGGCGCGACUGAUGGAGACCACCACACAUGUGAAUGACACACGCCCUACUUCAUAG